AUGACGGGAGGGGGGAGGAUGCCGACUUGGAGAGAGAGAGAGAACAACAAGAGGAGGGAGAGGCGGCGGAGAGCGGUGGCGGCGAAGAUCUUCUCCGGCCUGAGGGCUCUCGGAGAUUACCGUCUUCCCAAGCACUGUGACAACAACGAGGUCCUCAAGGCUCUCUGCCGCGAGGCCGGCUGGAUCGUCGAGGAAGACGGCACCACAUACCGCCAGGUAUCCUCCCGAUGAUCUCUCGCCUCUGAUCCGCUGAGAUGGACUGCCAUCGAUCUGAUUGCUGCUCCGUCCAAUCCGUUCCAUCUAUCUUUGCCGUUCGGUUUUUCCCCCCUUCUUUGAUCUCCAUUCUCCGUCGAUCUGGACAUCAUUUAUCCUGUAGAAACCCUAGAAUCCAUAUUUGAGCUCGUAAUUCGACAGGGAUGAUGACGACGAUCACAGGUUUAAUCACUAUUUAGUAGAAAUCCUAUGCGUCUUGAUUUGCUCCAACUUGAUUCCGUUUUUGGUUCAAUUCCACAGGGAUGCAAGCCGCCGCCGCACCAGCCGCUCUCCGGCGAGAUGGUCGCCGGCGGCGGCGGCGGCGGCGGCGGAUCGACGAGCAUCAGCCCCUGCUCCUCCUCUCACCAACCGAGCCCGAGCCCUCUCUCCUCCUCUUUCCCGAGCCCCGUGCCUUCUUACCACGCCAGCUUGGCGUCGUCUUCCUUCCCGAGCCCCUCCAGAACUGAAAACCCUAACUCCUCUGCCAUCGAUCCUGCCCAUCUCCUCCCCUUCCUCCGCAACCUCUCCUCCCUCCCUCCUCUCCGCAUCUCCAACAGCGCUCCCGUCACCCCUCCCCUCUCCUCCCCCACCGCCUCGAGAAUGCCCACCCUGAAGGGACCAGAAUGGGGGGAAUACGCCGCAUUCCGCCAUCCCCUGUUCCCCGCCUCCGCCCCUGCGAGCCCCAUCCGAGCUCGCAACCAUGGCCAUCCUGCUCCCAUCCCGGAGUGCGACGAGUCCGACGCCUCCACCGUCGACUCCGGCCGGUGGGGGAGCUUCCGGGGGGCGGCGCCGCCGCCCUUCUCCCCCUUCCACUUCGCCGCCGCCUUGCCGGCGACGGUGGCGGAGCAGAGCGGCCGUGUGAAGGCCUGGGAAGGGGAGAGGAUCCACGACGUCGCUGUGGACGACCUGGAGCUCACUCUCGGCAGCGGGAAGCAACAUAGCUAG